AUGAGCGUACGGAGAGCGUUGAGUCUGUGGGGGGCGGCGGUCCUUUACCCCCUCAUCAUCGUCACUUACUCCGUCAGUCUGACCACGCAGCUCGCCCUGUGGGGAUACAAGCUACACAGAAUCUUCUGCGCCAACAGACCCAUCGUGAACCACGCCUGCGGAGAAACACUGCACACCACCGUGCCGCCCACUGGCACCGUCUUUACCACUGUCUCCGUGCCUCUGUUCACCGUGCUUUACUCCUACGUGCGCAUUCUCGUGGUGUGCAAAAGAAGCAACUCUGAGGUGAGACGUAAGGCUGUGCAGACCUGUGUCCCGCACCUGGUGACCUUUGUGGUGUACUGCUGCUCUGUGUUUGUGGAGAUGGCGAUCUCGCAGUUCAACAGGGGUCAGAUCAACCCUGUGGUGGCGGCCAUCAUCUCGCUGGAGUAUCUGAUGGUGCCGUCCAUAAAUAACCCUUUGAUCUACGGCCUGAAGCUGCCCCAGUUCGUCUUGCAGCUGUAA